CUCAAGUCUGGCACAGAAGCAGAUCUCUUCCUGGCAUCCAGGGUAAAGGCCACAAGCAAGGACAAGAGUGAGAAAAUCAGCAGUUGGAACUCGCAAUGGCACCUACUGCAACUGUUGAGUCCUCCUCCUACCAACUACCACGCAAAGUCAGAAAACCUCUUGUGGAAAAGCAGAGACGGGACAGGAUCAAUAACCUCCUGGAACAUCUGAAGAGCAUCAUCCUGGACAGCAGCCAGCAUGAGCAUGCGUCAACGUCCAAACUGGAGAAGGCGGACAUCCUGGAGCUGACGAUCAACUACCUGUGCAAGGUGCAGCAACAGACGCCAGGCGGCCUGCACCCCGCUGCCCACGGCAAGGGGGCCUGCGUUGGAGGCCACGUGGCGUCCACAAGAGAGCGGCAGCCCUUCUCGCCGGGGCCCCACGGCUCAGGCUGGGACAGCGGCGCAGAAACAGAUUUCACAUUCACCAAGAGGAAGAGCGAGCAGCUGUGGAGACCGUGGUGAUGAUCAUUCCAAAACCAGUGACUUUUCCGUGAAAUAUGGUGCAAAGAAGCAGUUUUAUGUAAGCAAGUUGUCAAAUGAAAAUGUCAACUUCUGUGAAGUGUGUUGGUUAUAAUUUGUGCGGUGUUACAAAUGUAUUCAAUGUAAGAUUUAAAAAAUCGCCUCAUAUAAUUCAGUUGUAUGGAUUUUGCAUGGAUUAUAUUAAUCUCUUAUUGCGAGUUGAGCAGUGUCGGUAGCUGCAAGUGCUUGGUAUUAUUUUAAUUUGGAUCCUUUUCUUUCAAAUAAAAAAAAUCGCUAUCUUCAGAGAAGACUCUUGUAGCUACAAGUUGUAGAAUUAUACCACAUCUUUGAACACAUUAAAGUGUAGUGAUUCAUUUUUUUAAAUGACGUUUUGAGUUGGGUAUUAAAUACCCGUGUUUAUAGCAAUAAUGUGCCUAAAUUAGGGAUGUUUUGCACUCUUUAUGGUGAUGAAUGCAUAAAAGGGCUCUUGCGAAACAUCGCUGUUCGUGAAUGUCAAUAAAAGCCAAUGUCUCAAAAAGCCAA